AUGACAAAAAAGCGAACAUAUUAUCCAAAAUACGUCACCACAGUGAGCAGCCAGCCCAUCCGAGCCCCAAAUCACCAGAAGCUCGAACUCCUAACCCACCUGCGCGAGGCGGCUAGAAGCCGAGCCCACGCUAGACAACAGCUACGACGAGAAGCCUCCAAAAGCAUCGAGGCAAUCGACAUCACCACCGACUCAUCUCGGAACGGCGGUGUGGCACCCUCUGCCGAUACCCUUUCCUCCUCUCCACAUUCAGUUGGGACUUGA